GGCGCGAUAGACAGUGAAUAUUAUCAGCAUGAAAUCCUUUUUCCGGUUGUGAAAUUUUCGUAUUUCAAGUAUGGCUAUGAAUUUUACUAAUGACCACGAAUUUUACCAGGGCUAACGCAAUGUGUAGGACACCGAGCAAGUCCAGGAUGACAGCUGGUGAAGACGGCGCCAUGGCAACCGUUGUUUGUUGUGACCACCGGCAUAAAUAUUUUCCAGUUGAACCAUCAGAAAGAUGACGCUUUACUUCGACACAAAGAUUGAAUUCUUGGACCUGGAUGCAGUGAGCACCAUCAGCAGCUGGCAUCCCAAUGAGCCGCUCUUCGCCGUCGCCUCCUACAGCCAGGAGCGUGGUGGCAGCGUCACCAUCUUUGCCGACACGGGAGAACCUCAGCGGGAUGUGACUUAUCCAGUGCAUGCCACCUCACAGGCCACGGCACUCUGUUGGCAUCCGGAGAAGGCGCUGUUGGCCACGGGCUGGGAGCACGGCGACAUCCAUGUCUGGUUUGCCGGGCAUCGUGAGUUCGCCAGCGUCAGCGGUCCCCACAAGGCGGCCAUUGUGCUGCUGGAAUUCAGUGAGCAGGGCGGACGCAUGGUAACAGCCGAUGCCAUGGGCUUGGUCACGGGCUGGCGUUGUGAUGGUCAGUACCAGUUUCUUACUAUGUUCUCGCAUGAUCUGCGCGAGGUUUUGUUGCUUAUCUGCUUUCGGCGGACAGUCGAGAGCGAGGUGCGGGAGGAGAUGGCCAGCCUGGCAAAGGCUGCAGUGGCUGGCGACGAAAAUGCACUGGAUACUUUGACCAAUUGGCGGCCAAGAACUGCGGCUCGUGGCCACUCCACAGUACGGGACAAUCACUGCUUCUAUGCUUGCACCCAAGGCGGGGUUGUGUACUACAUUAACCAAGGCGGCACCUGCACCGAGGUGAUGAAGAGUGGACCACAGCAGCCGUCUAUCAUCCAGAUGCUUUGGCAUCCCAAGAAGGAUGCGGUCAUUUGUCUCUUGGAUGACUUAACCAUAACGCUCUACCUGGUGGAGUCCACUGGCAUACUCACAGAGCUGGACAGAGUUAAGCUGAGUGGACGCGGCUCUGGCAAGCAUGGCGCCAUCGCCUGGGCGGGAAACAGCUUGGCCAUCAUCACGGGUGAUCUCUCGGUGCGUAUCUGGGACAUUGAACGUAGCGACAACUAUCUGCUGAAGAUGGACUUGCCCAGCUCCAGUUUGUUGGCACUAAGCUCAUCUGUCUCCAGCCUUGGCAACGCUACGUCUAGCUCGAACAACAUCAAUUCGACUGGAAACUUCUUUAGUCCCGAGAGUAGCGGCGACAGCAACGGCAACAACAUUCUGCCAAAGAAAAUGUCCAAAUACGCACAACUCGCCUCCAAUGAGAUCUUCACCUGCCUCGCCUACAGCACAAGCAAUCAAACAUUGUGUGCGGCUACGAAUCUGGGCAACCUUUACACCUGGAAACGCACCGUGAGCUGCUUUGUCAGCGCUCCUGAGGAUGCCUGGCAGCUGGGCAACAUCUCAACGCUCUCGCGACAGGGCGCCGUCAAGAGCUGCACUUGGGGCUUCAAUGAGCUGGCAAAGCCCUGCAUCCUGGUCAACUGUCUGUCGAGCGUGUUCAUGCUGAAAGAACAGCCGUUGCUCGCCUGUCAUACACGCAGUCUGUGGGCAGUGCAAAGUGCGGCCAAGAGCAUUCAAUUGACGCACUGCAGCGGCAGACAAUGCUCUGUUCAAGCUGAGUUUGCUGUAACCGCUUUGGCUCUGAACGAACUCAGUUUGGUGGUCAGUAAUGGACGCUCUAUCUCUUCGUACAGUCUGCAGAAGGUGGAAAAGAGUCUGGAUGAAUUUGAUGAGAUUCUGGAGGCAUCUGGCGCCGGCUCAACGGCUUCAGUGAAGAGCUCGCCCUCGCUCAACAUCAGGCUGAUGCAGACAUUUGCCGCCGAGUGCCAAGCUCUUUGUCUGCACAAUCAGAACAUCUUCUGUCUGACCGCCAGCGACAUUAUGGUCUACUCUGUGGGUGGCGUCGUCCUCCACAGGAUUAUGGGCAACGACAUCGAAGGCAAGAUCAUUGGCAUGGAUUUAACUGGCUGCUACUUGUCUGUGUUUACCAUGAAUGGCUAUGUGAAGGCCUACGAUGUGACACGCCACGAUCCCAAGCUGUUGUUUCCCAGCAAAUCGGGCCACGAGAUUUUCGAUGACUUUGGCGAAUUCAUCCUAGUCAAAUGCAACAGCUUGGGCAGCCAUCUAGCUUUGGUGAUUGCCAACAGCAGCUUCACGCCUUGUGCAGCCAUCUACUGCUGGGAUUUCGAGCGAAACAAUCUCUUUGCAUACGACUUGGCAGCGAACAAAUCGGAACAGCAAGUCGAUAAAUCCAGCUUGGCUGUGCGUAUUUUCUGGGAUACGGAGGAGCCACGUCUGCUGGCCGUGGAGGUGAAGUCCAUGGUACUGUUGACGCUGAAGCCAAGUCGCCAACAACCUGGUCCCAGUCACUACGUGGAGUCGCAAGUCCUCGUCAUGUUCUACUCGGAGAAGAGCGAGGGCAAGCUGAAUGUUCUGGAGUCGCAACUGUUGGCUGCAGGUGCGCAGCUGCUUAAUCUGUGCGUGCCCAGCGUCGUCUGCCUGCAGGUCAAUGCGGUGCAAGAGCAGCCGCUGCAGGACUUUGCCGAUCUGCAGCAAUGCGAUGCUGUCACCAGGCGACAGGUGCUCAAUUUUAGCCUCCAUGUGGCCGAGGGACAAAUGGAUCUUGCCUUUCGCUGCGUGCGUUCCAUCCAGUCGAAGGUUAUCUGGACAAAUCUGGCCAAGAUGUGCGUACACACGAGUCGCCUGGACGUUGCCAAGGUGUGCAUGGGUCAUCUGGAGCAGGCUCGCUCGGUGCGCGCUCUGCGCCAGGCCAUGGAGGACGAUGACUUGGAAAUGGAGGCUAAGGUGGCUGUACUGGCCAUCGAACUGGGUAUGAUCGAGGAAGCGAAGGAGCUUUACAAACGCUGCAAGCGCUACGAUCUACUCAAUAAGCUGUUGCAGUCCACGGGUCAUCUGGAUGAGGCGCUGGAAGUGGCCGAGACGGAUGAUCGCAUUCACUUGAAGCACACUUACUACCAGAAGGCGCAAGCUUUAAAGGAGAGUGGCGACAUCAAGGGCGCAAUGGAGUGCUUCGAGAAGACACAGAAUCCGGUGCAGAACAUUACGCAGCUGCUGCUCGAGAAUCCGAUGGCCAUGAAGCGUUACAUUCAGUCCAGCACCGAUCCCAAGCUGCUCAAGUGGUGGGGUCAGUAUGUGGAGAGCUCUGGCGACAUGGACGCUGCCUUGGCCGUUUACAGCAAAGCCGAGGAUUGGUUCUCGCAGGUGAAGAUACUCUGCUACCUGGGCAAGAUCUCUAAGGCGGAUGCCAUUGCCCGGCAGUCGGGAGAUCGCUCUGCCUGCUAUCAUCUGGGAAGGCACUAUGAGAAUGUAGGCAAGUUUCAGGAGGCAAUCAUGUUCUACACGCGUGCUCAGACCUUUAGCAAUGCCAUACGCAUCUGCAAAGAGAACGACUUUCAGGAGGAGCUUUGGACAGUGGCCAGCUCAUCCCGCAGCCGUGACAAAGCGAUUGCGGCCGCGUACUUUGAGGAGUGUGGCAACUUUAAGCACGCCGUGGAGCUCUACCAUCGAGCGGGCAUGUUGCACAAGGCUUUGGAGAUGGCAUUCGAGUCUCAGCAGCCGGAGAUACUAGAGAUCAUUGCCACCGAGCUGAAUGCCGACUCCGAUGCGGAGCUGAUCAAUCGUUGUGCCGACUUUUUCACCAGCAUCGAGCAGCACCAGAAAGCUGUCCAACUGUUGGCCAAGACCAAGCAUCUGGAACGUGCGUUGAGCAUCUGUGUGGAGAAGGGUGUCCCAGUCACCGAGGAACUUGCUGACUUAUUGACUCCAGGCAAAGGAGACUUUGAGGAAGCCACGCGUAUGUCUAUCCUGGUGCAGCUCGGGGAGUUGCUGCAGCAGCAAGGAGAUUAUCACAGUGCCACCAAGAAGUUCACCCAGGCGGGGGAUAAAGUGCGUGCCAUGAAGUCGCUGCUGAAAUCGGGCAACACUGAUAAAAUCAUCUUCUUUGCCACCAUGUCGCGUCAGCGCGAGAUCUACAUCAUGGCAGCCAACUAUCUGCAGGCCUUGGACUGGCAGAGCGAUGCCAGCAUAUUGAAGCACAUUGUCAGCUUUUACAGCAAGGGCCAAGCCUAUGAUUCGCUGGCCAACUUCUAUGCCAUUUGUGCGCAGAUCGAGAUCGAGGAGUACCAGGACUAUGAGAAGGCGCUGACUGCCAUGCAGGAGGCGGCCAAGUGUUUGGAGAAACUCAGCCACGCCCAGCACGCCUACAACAAGCUGCAGCGCACUGUGGUGGAUGUAAAGACCAUUUUGGAGAUGCAGCAAGCGCUGCGCGCCGGCGACAAUCAGAGCGUCAUCGGAGCUUGUCGCAGCAUGUUGGUCAAGCCCGAGGUGCCUCCCAUUCGCCAUGCCCACAUUCUAGCCAUGCUAGUGCGUGCUCUGGUAAACGCCAAGCAGUUUCCCGAAGCGGGACGCGCUCUCAAGGAGCUUGCUGUCAAAGACAACUCAUGGAGCGCCUCUGGCCUGGUCGACAGAGCUUUAGUGCAACGGAUUGCCAAGGAAUGCGACUUGGAUUUCGAUUUGAUCUGGAACUCGGGUCGCAUGGCCAGCAGCGCAUCGACAUCGGUGACGGCAGCAACAACAAUAUCCAUGACAACAACAGCAUCGACAACGGCAACAAACGCCACAACAUCCAGUGAUGACGAGGCCGAUGACGAGGAAAUCAGAGAGGAAUUGCAUUAAUCGCUGCUGCACUCGAUGAACUCGAGGCACAACUAGUCAUAGUCACACUCGCACACAAACACAUAUACACACACGCCCACUUAGUCACACCUCCACUCACAACGCCAAAGUCCAACUUGUCUACACAGAUCAACUUUGAAGUAGUGAUUCCCUGGCACAGAUUACCCAAGGUGAUUUUACUCUAAUUAAACCCACAAGUGAAAGUCAUUAAUUCAAGUAA